AGAAUACAGUAGAUAUACAUAUUUUUAUCAUGAGAAAAGCGAAAUUUGUUUGAACAUUGAAAACAAUUAAGAAAUUAUUGCAAUUGAGCUGUCAUGGUUUUCAUAGAACUGUUGUAGUAACCUGUGAAUGUAAACUAUAUAAAGAAAACAAUUGAUAUACUAUGUUAACUAUGCACGCAGCAUAUGAUUAUACAGACUUACAUGUCUUCAUACCUCCAUAUGUACAUACAUAUAAUGAAAACUAAAAACUUGAUCUCAAUUCUGAGUCGCCGGCAAUAAUUGUGUUUUGUUUAUGUGUGUAACAUGUGUAACGAACACCGAUUCUCUUGGAAUAAAAUGCUAUAUAUCCAUUACAAAAGAAAUCACAUAAAUACGACGUAAGGAAUAUUCUAUAAAUAAGACAUUUGGUAAAUGCAAAGUUUUAAAAUGGAAGAUGGAAAUCAGGGCCGUGUUCAGGAUACAAACAUGAUUGAAAAUGAUGGUAUACCUAAGCCGGAUCCUCGUACAAAUGUUUUUGGUUAUCAAACUCCAAAUAAUAUGUUAAGCCAUCGUAAUUUGAUGACCAGUCAUGCCGAGAUGAUUGCCAAUCAUCCACAUUUGAUGCCUAGCCUUCCGGAUAUGUCAAAUAAUCAUCCAGAGUUGUCAGCUAAUCUUCAAGAGAGGAUUGCCAGUCAUUCAGAAUUGAUGGUCAAUCAUCCCGAGAGAGUUGUCAAUCAUGCAGAAUUAAUUGCUAAUCAGGAGAGAAUUAUUAAUCAUCCGGAAAUGUUAGCCAGGCAUCAGGAAAGAACUGUCAGUCACGCAGAGUUGAUUGCCAAUCAGGAGAGGAUUGCCAACCAUUCAGAAUUAUUAGCGAAUCAUCAGGAGAGAAUUGCCAAUCACGCAGAAAUGAUUGCAAAUCAACAGGGAAGGCUUGUCAAUCAUGCAGAGUUGCUUGCCAAUCAUGCGUUAGCGAAUCAUGCAGAAAUGCUGGCAAAUCGUUCCGAGUUGAUGGCGAAUCACCACGCCUUAGAUAUUGGCGGAAGAACAACUGCCACGACUAAUAUAGGAAACAUGAUGCCCUCUAUCUUAAAUCCAUAUGCACCCAACGAAAGUUUGCCGGAUGCAACGACCAACAAUCCAUCACUUGUGCCUCCUUCUGCCCAUGGUCAAAAACGAAAAAAUACACAAAAUAAGGAUGAGAAUGCAAGCAACAAGAAGAACAUGUUGUCAGCUGCAACAGCAGCUGAGGAGAAGAAAAAUAAUCACCUAAGAAAAAAUAUACGAGAUGUGAUGAACGAGAACAAUUUGGAUACGACAACGCUGGCAGCUCAACGCGAGGAAUCGGAACGAUUAGCUCGAGUUGCCGAUCAACAGAAAUCGAUGCGAGAAAUUCGCAAACAGGCCGUGCAACAGAACUUCUUUCGCAUUCUAAACUUUGAAGACUCCGAUGAAGUUAAGAGUCCCGUAGAUAAUCCUAUUGUCUUGCCGGAUGAUGAAUUGGCAUCAGUGACAUGUGAUGAAACGAGCAGUAGUUUAAGUUGCAGCAUGGAUGAUGUUUUAGAUAAGGACACUAGCAACGAACCAACAAAUGAAGUAGUUACAAUUGAUGAUAGUUCUGAUGAUGAUUGCAUAUUGUUGUCGGAGGAGGAAGAGGAGGAGGAUUACAAUGAAAGUGACGAUGCUACGAACAGUGGUCUGCAUGUCAAGGAUAUGUAUAAUAUACCCGAUGAGUAUGGCCGAGUUGUUGUGAAUAUUGCACAUCCCGAGGGUGAAGAGACGUUAUACUUGGCUCCUCAGAUUGCUAAAGUUAUCAAACCCCAUCAAAUUGGCGGCGUGCGUUUUUUAUACGACAACAUCAUUGAAUCGACAAGAAGAUUUCAAAAAUCCAGCGGCUUCGGUUGCAUACUCGCUCAUUCCAUGGGGCUGGGCAAAACCUUGCAAGUUGUUUCCUUCUGUGAUAUAUUUUUAAGACACACUUCGGCCAAGACCGUGCUCUGCGUGAUGCCAAUUAAUACUCUACAAAAUUGGCUAAGCGAAUUCAAUAUGUGGAUACCACGCCACUCAGAAGAUCACAACAUUCGUCCACGCAAUUUCGACAUUUUUGUGCUGAACGAUCAGCAAAAAAAUCUGACUGCUCGAGCAAAGGUAAUUCUGAAUUGGGUGCACAAUGGUGGAGUUCUAUUGAUAGGCUACGAAUUGUUUCGUUUACUCGCCUUGAAGUUGGUAACGACGCGCAAGAAGAAGGGAAAAAAAUCUGCACCAGAUGCACAUGAUACAAGUAAGGAUCUAAUGAAUAUGGCAUUUGAAGCAUUGGUAAAGCCCGGUCCGGAUUUGGUAAUUUGCGAUGAAGGACAUCGCAUCAAAAACUCGCAUGCUGGCAUCUCACUUGCAUUGAAACAAAUACGAACUCGUCGUCGCAUCGUUCUCACCGGAUAUCCACUACAAAAUAAUUUAUUGGAGUACUGGUGCAUGGUGGACUUUGUGCGUCCUAACUAUCUUGGUACUCGUACUGAGUUCUGUAACAUGUUUGAGAGGCCCAUACAGAAUGGUCAAUGUGUCGACUCGACUCCCGAUGAUAUCAAGCUAAUGAGAUAUAGAGCGCAUGUUCUGCAUUCUUUGCUUUUGGGUUUUGUGCAACGCCGUUCACAUACUGUACUCCAAACAACUUUACCACAAAAGUUGGAGUACGUUAUCCUCGUGCGAAUGACGCCUUUUCAACGCAAGCUUUACGAUACCUUCAUGACGGAUGUAGUGCGUAAGAAGGCUUUUCCCAAUCCAUUGAAAGCUUUUGCAGUCUGUUGUAAGAUUUGGAAUCAUCCCGAUGUUUUGUACAACUUUCUAAAAAAAUGUGAGACUGAUUUAGAUUUAGAAAUUGAUGAAGAAUCUGCCAAGGCCUCUGCAAAUUCAAGCGUUGAGCCAGGAGCGAGUAAUGUUGCUGCACCAAUAAUCUCUCAGAGCACUGAACUCAAACCUAAUUUGAAUGGACCUCCAAAUCAGCCGACAACUAACGUGGGCUUUAAUAAUUCUGCUAACACCGAAUUAAAUAAAAACUACGCAGAUAAAAGCUACUGCGCGCAAAAGGAGGAUCAACUCAACAACUAUAGCAACUACAAUACAGAAGGCAAAGGCAAUUAUUGGUUGGAUUCUACAAUGCUGUCGAAGCCGAGCUAUGUGGAGGUUAUAAAACCAACAGAUACGAAUAUGACAAAAGAUUUUGAAACUAUCACUGGCUCAUCGCAAAUUGUUGAUUUGGAUACGAAUGAAAUCAAAACUGUGGAAAGAAAUACGUUGCCUAUUUCCGUAAAUCAACAACAUGCAUUAAAUGCUGGCGAUAAUUCUGCAAAGAGCCUUAACAGUAUUAACAAUGACGCAAUAAAGAAAGUCGUCAAACCAAAAAGAAAUGACGAGUUCUCAUGUUCCUGGGCUCUUGACAUUAUGAAGAACUACGUGCCCGACCAAAUAUCCAAUUCACCUAAAAUGGAGAUAUUUUUUUGCAUAAUGAAGGAGAGCAUAUUUAUGGGCGAUCGUAUAUUGUUAUUUAGUCAAAGUCUGCUAACAUUGAAUCUGAUCGAAGGUUUCCUAAAAUCAAGUUAUGUGCCAGGUAGCACAGAGUUUUGGAUCCGAAAUUUUUCCUAUUUUCGACUCGAUGGCUCGACCUCCUCACAGGAAAGGGAGAGACUUGUAAAUGAAUUCAACGCGAAUCGUAAUAUUAAGCUCUUCUUAAUAUCUACCAGAGCGGGUUCUUUGGGUAUCAACUUGACUGGCGCAAACCGAGUUAUCAUAUUUGAUGCCAGCUGGAAUCCUUGCCAUGACACACAAGCUGUAUAUAGAAUCUAUCGUUAUGGACAAACAAAACCGUGUUAUGUGUACAGAAUUGUCAUGGAUAAAUGCCUGGAAAAGAAGAUUUAUGAUCGACAAAUCAAAAAGCAAGGAAUGUCGGACAGAAUUGUUGAUGAGUGCAAUCCAGAGGCACAUUUAUCAAUGAAAGAUAUCACAAAUUUAUGCCACGAUUACAGCUCAGAUGAUGAGCGUGCGGAGGGUGAAGUUGAUAAAUCUGAUGAGGCCAAGGCAACUGCGUCAGCAACUGCAACUGCAUCAGCAACUGCAACUGAAUCAGCAACUACAACUGAAUCCGCUACUACAACUGAAUCAGCAACUACAUCUGCGUCUGCCCCUGCAACUGAAGCUGAAACUGCAUCUACAUCUGCAUCGGCAACUGAAACUUCAACACCAACUUCAGCUCCAACGACAGCGAAGAUAAAAGACGAUCCCUCAGUUCCGACAACUACGCAUUUGGAUCCGAUAAUAAAUACCAUUAUUGAAUUGCAUAAGAACUAUAUUACAAAAGAUCCCUUCCUUCAUGAAAGCUUAUUGGUUGAUCAGAAGGACAGACAGUUGUCGCAAGCUGAGAAAAGACAGGCACAUCGAAGUUAUGAGCUUGAAAAGAAAGCAUCCGUGAAUCAAAAACUCACGUAUACUUCAGGGAAAAUGCAAUAUAAAAUUGUGAACAACGAUGGCACUGUUGUUACUCGACCCGUGGCAUCGAUAAAACCAAUACAGACAAAGAAAACAAACAGUACUGUGACUGGAGGACGCUCGACACGAUGGAUUCCUGCUGAAGUGUGGCAAAGGCAAGGCAUGACCGCUCAGGAAAUGACAUUGCCACUUGAUGUUGUCAUUCCAACAAAUUCAUCGGAGAAGUCAAACAUAAUACUCAAAGCGGGACAAAGGGUUAUGGUGUUAAAAUCAACAAAAGGCAUCUACAUGCAAUUGGAUAGUGGCAAAAUUAUUGCAAUUCGGACAACUUCCAAGCGCACCGAUGAUAAGAGUAGCAAAGAUGACGUGAUUGACAUAACAUCUGAUUGUGAUGCAGAUACGCCCAAGCCUAAGUCAUCAGAGCCAGAAAAAACGAUGGAUAAAUCUACCGAACAAACCUCAAAUGGCGUGGCCGCUACUAAAGAGUGCCCACAACGCGAGGCCACAGAUACAACUUCUUUCACGGGCACUGGAAGCAUCAGCGAUUUGCAGCAACCAAAACCACAAAUAUCACAGACUAGUAACCAUAAUCAAACCGUCGAAAGUAAUGCAGCAACAAUAUUGCAACAACCGAUGCCGGAAAAUGUAGAAUAUCAAAAGCAACAACAGCUUUACAAGCAUGAAGCGCAGUUGCCCAUUACCGAAUCCUAUAAUAGUUCCAUUAACGUUCAGCCGAAUACAUCACAUGCACAAACAACUCCAUCAACUAAUCUACCCAAUAAUGAAUUUACUGAGAAUUCCUAUUUUGCUGGCAAAAAUGUGCAGCAUCCAUUUCCUCCCCAAUAUUAUACUAAUUAUUACGACAAUAAGAGCACGCCGACAACACCCGCAAAUUAUCAUCUCAACAAUUACACGCCCUACGGUCAUUUCAAUUUCUCUCCCUAUCAUUCCAACUUCCAUUCAUCGCCUGGGUAUAGUGGUAGCUCUGCAGCAUAUAUUAACUCCAAUGUGUUUCCGAGACAACCAUGGAAUGCCGUUGGUAAUCAUCAGACGAGUAAUGAAUCGAUUCGUCAGCAGCAAUAUAUGGGAAAUACAACAUACCCAAUCAAUGAAUGGUCCUCGCAAUAAACAAAAUGUAAUCAAAUAACAAACACAACACCCACUAUGUAUUUCUUGAAUUCACUUUUGACUAAUUUAUUUAUUAGACUAGAUGAAAAUUAUCUUGAAAUGUAGCACUAAAUACAAAAUAAGAUUAGUUUGUCAUUCCAAACAGAUAAAGUUUAUUAAUAAUAAAUAAAAUUAGGUAUAUAUAUCUAUAUACAUAAUAUAUAUAUAUAGAAAUAUAUAUAUAUAAAAAGUGAAAUUUGUAUUAUUGCAGUUUGAUGGUGUAAUGUUUGUAUAUACAUAUUAUAUAAGGGAGAAUACUAAUCGCAAUGAUCAGUUCUUGGAGGAGAACAUAAAGAACUAAUAGCUCCGUGGGGCACCUAUAUGGUUAAUGGAUGCAUUGACAGAUCCAAUAGUAAGGAUGGCUGCUCUUUGUCUCUAUAAUGUGUUACCUAUAUGCCAAUGUACUCAUCCAAUAAUAGAAACCGUCUGUCUGUAUUUCAUUUUCAAAGAAAGUAAGUUUUUCUUUAACUCACAAUAUUACAACGAAAAAAUACAAGAGCAAAACGUGAUGUGAAAGUUGUUCAUGCAUGUAUUGUUCUGCUUGAGAGAUCCGACAAUGUUAAUUCGAGCAAUUUGAUGCUGCAGGGAUUAAUAUGCGAUGUUUUGAUACCUCGCAGCCUAUUUAUAAUAUUUGCAUUAUUAUUUUUAUUACUUUACAUCUCUCAUUUAUAAUAAUCUGAAUAUAAUCUGAAAUAUGUUAUCAUGUUCUGUUUAAGUUUUAAGAUUCAAGAUUUCUGAGUAAUUGUUACAAUAACCAGCCGAAUAAAUAGCAAGCGAAAUGAUUUUCUUAUGUGUUGAGAGUCUUCAAGAUAAUUUGAGGGUAUGUAUAAGUCGUCAUUUGUUUGUAGCAGAUAAAAAACUAAAUAUUGUAGUCUGCCUACCUCAUGUGUAUAUUAAUAUUUAAUCGCUGGCAGUGAAGUUUACCAUCAUGUUCGGGCAACAUCUUUGGACCAUCAAUAUUAUAUAUAUUGUUUUUGGUAUAGCAAUUAUUGCAUAUGCAGCAAUUAUUUUGGCAGACAAUGUUCGACCACAAUCGGGGGCUUUCUAUGUUUACAAUCCUAUAGGUCAUAGUCAACCAAAUAAGCUGCGAAAGCUUUACUGGUAUUCGAUGGGACAACCGAUCUUAGCUCCCAGGAAACAACGAAUGGCUAGCUUUCAGAUGAAGCAACGAUAUCAAAAUAUUCCGAUUAAAAUUACCUCAACCUUUGCGAAUCCAGUGAGGAACACCUAUCGCAAUGCCUAUGAUGCCUCAAUAUCUGCAAGUGCCUUGAAGUCAUAUAUGAAUUCGGUCAGCUUACCAACGACGCCAUUACCAAAGAAUUCACCAAGAUUUCAGCCCAGCAACCCAUAUGAUGAGCCUACUUAUGAGGAUAACAAAAGUUGCGCAGAGAAAAAUAUUACAAUGGCGGUUCAGGACAGUGGAAUAACAGUGGCACAACAUCUGCGACCAGUGGAGAUUACUUCCGUGCCGUAUAACAUUCCCCCAAUCACUCCGCUUCCCAUUGUACCUUAUGUAUCCCAUACCUACUUUACCCUUGACGAUGUAGUUAUUCCCAGUUCCUCUGAGAACCUGCUCUAUUACAAGCCCGAAGAGAAGCAAAUAAUUCCCGAGGUUACACAGCCUCCUUUAACUACACAAAGAAGUAAACCCGCUGAAAAUCCGUUAAUAGACAUCUUUAAUAUUUUUGGCAUUGAACCAGAGGAGAAACCCAUAGAAGAAAAACCCCAAGAAUUAGUCAGGGACUCAGAGAUAACUACAACAUCGUGGAUGCCAGUUACAAUGAAUAUCAUAAAAAAUGAAACCAAAAUGGACAUAAAACCUUUUAAGCCAAUGUCAUUAAGCCAAACUAUGGUUGAGAACGUAUUGAAUAUUGUUACCAACCAUAAAAAUUCAACCCUAAUACCAGAAAUUGAAUCCGUCGCGAACUCAAGCAAAGAACUUUGUAAAGAUUGUUUGAAAGAUGAAAUAUUGACAACUUUGAGUCCCAUAUUGAAUGAGAUUGAAGACAAAAAGAUUGAGAAACCAAUAGAAAAGAAUCCAGUUAAAAAUAUGAAAGAAAUCGAUAAUCAAAGUAAUAGUUUAAGUAGUUUAAAAACCCUCACAUCCACAACUUUCAUCGGCUUGCUAACAUCGAAAUUGAAAAUUGCUCAAAAUCACAAGAAAUUCUCACCCAUCUCAUUAAAGAAAUACUCAACGACGACAGCUCCUCCAGUAUCUUCUACAACAAAAGCUGCUCUUCGAAAAUCCAGACGAACUAAAAACUAUUCGAGGCAAAGAAAAGUUGACGCCAAUUUAACCAGAUUGAAUAACUAUAAUCUGACGAAUGCCAAGUCAACUUAUUCAAAAAUAUUACGACCCACUUUAAAAGUAAAUCUUAAAGAAAUAGAUAAAGAUAAAAUACAAACUGUAAGUGUGACAGAUACAACAUCUUAUUCAACUUCAACCCAAGCGCCUGUUAGGAAUACCCCAAAAACUGUGAGAAAUACCCCAGCUCCAAGAAUGAUGAGUACUUCAACUUCUAGUGAAUCACCGCCUUUGUCUGCGGAAUCUGCCAUUAUGACCAUAUCGAAUGCUAAUGGUAGACACCUCAGAGGAUCCAUGCCGACAUUCAGAAAGCGUUUAGCCGAAACACAUAAAAGAUUCGCUCCAACUACCGAUAUGCCUCAACUGCCUAUUGAACUCUACUUUAACAAACUCUCUAAACCUCAGUAGGCUACCAUACUUUGUUUGCAUAAAAACUAUCAUUAAAUUUAUUUAUAAUUAUCAUUGAAUAAAGGUGCAAAAUACUCAACUAUUUAUUUUUAUUAUAU